UAGAACGUAUAAGAAGCACAGUGUGACACUUACGAUUCUACCGACCACCAAAUAUGGAUGUUGCACCGUCCAUGGUGCAACGUUCGGGCGAUAAACUGAUAGUGCGAAGGGUCGUAAGUGGUGAGCAGGUACACCUGAGCGAACAAAAACCCACCCCAGUCCCAUCGGACGACGGUGAGUCCACCGAUCAACAGCUGCUGAUCGACCGUUGGCGGCGCUUUUCGACCGAUGCGUCCACCACGCUCACCAGCUACGACGAUCAGCUUACCGACGAAGGUGAAACAUCGCAGCCCGGCCCAUCGUCCAAACCGGGGGACGAAAAUGAUCAGCAGCUUCCGCAGUGUAAAAUUAAGCGCAACUACUCGUGCAGCCGGUGUACUUACUUCACGCAAAAUCCGCGCAAAUAUUUAACCCAUCUGCGGGACACGCACGGUGAGAAAAUCGUAAUUAAUGAAUGUAAGCGAUGUGUGUAUGCGUCCCGCCACUACCAGAAGCUGGUACGGCACAUGAAGAUGGUACACGGGUCGGUGGACGGUAUCCGGAAGUCUUCGUUCGGGUCGAACCGGCGGCGUGUGCAGAAAAGCUAUGGCCAGGUACACCUUGGGCAGGUAUUACCGGGCGGGACAGCGAAAUUGUCCCGCGAGGAAGCAAACCAACUGACCACAGCGUACGUGCAGCAGUUGGUGGCGUCGGGUUUGCCGAAGCUGCUGGAGGAGAUAGAAAAAUCGGCUGCCGGUGCAUCACUAGCAGCUACCUUUUCCCGCGACAAUCAAAUGAUCCAGGCGGAGAUGGAUCAGCUAAAGCAAUCAAUGCCAUAUUCAUCCGACGAGACCGUCCAAGAGGCUAGCGAACGUGAUAGGGUAGACAGCAAACCAUCGGAAGAUGCUAUUCCAAUGACCAAAAAACGUUCUCGACCAAUACCUAAGCUUAUCCCACUAAACAUGUCCACUGCGGGUAGUUCUUCCGCUGGAUCAUCUCCGAAAACGACAGCACAAAAGUUCGUCAAACCAAUCCCACUAUCCGCACUGAAAGCGGACAACAGCGAUGGAGAUCGUGCUGGAGAAGACUAUCCGCUGAGCUUAACAAAGCAUCAACCCCAACCCCAACAACCCAUGACGAGCGCUCGCGAGGACAUCAUGACCAAAUGUAUGUACUGCGAGCUGUCAUUUAAACCGGUCGAGGCACUCGCUAACCACAUCAAGCUAGCGCACAAGGACGACCUGAUAGCAUCACUGCUCGCGAACUCGUUCGAAGAUUCACCCUCGGACACAAAGAGUCUGCCGCGAUCUAGCGAAACCGAACGCACGGCAAACGAAAUAUGGAAACGCUUGCUAGAGUGUAGCGCCGAAGCUGUAGCUUCGAGAAAGAGUUCGGAUUACAGCGCCACAGGUGGCUCUAGCAGCCACGAUCCACGUCCCGGGUCCAUCUCGAACGACGAAACGGACGAUGACAAUCGGGAAGAGCAUCAGUCACAGACGUACUGUGGGGUGGAAACGGCCCCCGGGUACGGGGAGGUAACGAACCGACUUCCAACAAUCGAUCCAGCUGGUGGUGCCGGAGGCAGCGGCAGUACGGCACUGAUGAAGAAAGUCUUCAAAUGUCCGCACUGUUCGUUUUGGGCCUCGACAGCGUCCCGCUUUCACGUGCACAUUGUGGGCCACCUGAACAAAAAACCGUUCGAGUGUUCGCUGUGUGCUUACCGGUCAAACUGGCGCUGGGACAUCACGAAGCACAUCCGCCUGAAGACGAUACGGGACCCAAGCCACAAAAAUGCGGGCGUCCUGAUGAACGAUGAGACGGGCCGGCGUAACUACACCAAGUACAAUAAAUACAUCGCACUCAUGCAGAUUACGGACAAGUAGCGGAAGGAAGGGCGGGGGAGAAAGGCGGGACAGGACACGUAAACCGAUUGAUGGAUGUUAAUAUAGGAUCUUUUGCGUUAA